AUGGCAGUCCACAGUGGGGUCUUCUUCGUUCUGUCCAUCCUCAUCUGCCAUGCCACCACGGUGCCAGUGACAUGUGGGCUCCAGCGGCGUCUCGUGGAGGAGUCUCAUAGACUGCUUGAGGGCAUGUCUGGCCUGUUUCCUUUGGAGUGUUUGGAACUUAAUCUUGCCAUUGCGUUCCCCUUCUCGGCCUUUCAGACAUCAGAGUCAGCAGAGGAGAGUGCCGCAGCAGAGAGGGCGACCUAUGAGGCGCUGGUGCUGGUGGACACGGUGUUCGCCAUGGGCCACAUGCCGGCCUCCUGGACUCAUCUGGAGGCUUUCCAGCAGGUCAUCAACCGCCAGAUCGAGGAGAGCAAAUGUAUUAUGAGCAAAACUAUUCACUCAAUGGAUGACGCCUCAGCAAGAGAUGCGGAGCUGAAAUUGUACUUUGGCCAAAUAGCAACGGUUUUGAGGGAACAGGGAUACAGCGUGUGCGCAUGGGAGCUCGCUCGGAAGGAGAUUCUGCGCACGCUCCGGCUUAUUCUCCACAGCUCCAACUACCUUGUUUAG